AUGGAAGAGAUGAAGAAGGAAGAUAUGAGAAAAAUAGGUUGGAGCACACUGGAGCCGCUGCAGGGCCAGCCCAUGUUGAGCAGCACCCUCCCGGCCAAGACGGGGGGCGCCACAAACAACAAGUCACCGCGCGAAGAAGAUGACGUGGACAUCCUGAUGGAGAGUUGGAAGAAGCGGUACUUGAGCGAACCUGGCGCUAAGAUCGGUCCCUCACAGCUGCAGGCUCUCCUGCACCCCACCCACAGCAUCCCUAACGUUGGGCGGAGGGCCAUCGGGUCGCCUAAGGACUUGUCUCUCAGUUUCUCGCGAGAAGACAGCUUCACCAAACAGAAGCCUUUGAACAGGCCGCCUCGCUACCAGCGCAGGAGUGUGACGUCACAACAGAGCAGCGAACACAUCAACCUGGAGCCGGACGUCGCCAGUUAUCAGCUUCCCAUCGUCCAGGCGACGCCUCCGGAUCACGUGAUGCACGUCCUGGAGCAGAUGGCGCGUGCACAGACAGUGUCCGGCGCGCUCAAGCCGCCUCCAACAACUCCAUGGCUGGACGGACAGUGUGACUAUGACGCUGAUGUUAUGAACCACCUAACAUCAUCAAUGGCGCAACUUCCGGCAGAAGUGCCUCAGGAACAGGAAGUUCCAUUGCAGAAAAUCGAGACAAAAACUGAAGACUUUGCGCAGGAAAUUCCUCAAGAUCCUGUGACAGACAGUGUCUUUAUUACCCAAGACACGACAGAACUUUCUCAGACUGUCUCAAGAGAUCCCAAGACGUCGGACUCAAGUAAAAUUGAAACUGAAAAGAAAGUGGAAACUCCCGAGAAGAAGGUGUCUUCGAAAGAAAGUAAGAGAAGUAGCCAGAGAUCGAACUCUAACCACCAGACCCCGGUGGUUUCCUCGCGGGGAAGUAACAACUCCCAGCUGGACGUGCAGAAGGGUUCUGCAGACGACAGCGAGUGCGGCUCAGCGUCACCUAGGAGACAGAUCGUCGUACAGAUGCCGGAAAUGCCCGUGGAACCGGUGCAUGUCGGGAAGGAAGAGAUCUCUGAGGCGGCGUAGUACUUAUGUUUGUCGCAAGGUGGCGCUACGAAGAAGACAGCCAUUGAAGAGA